CUCCAGUAGCCAUGAACCUGCCUAGCCCUCCGCAUUCUUGUCAUAUUCCAGACUUCUCCACCAAAAGACGUUGUAGUUUAUUAUUGACAGCACUUGUAUUAAAGCGAAAUUGUGCAUCUUUUCAGAGUUAUCAAAUGAAAUCAAACUUUUAUGCUCUCUUCUUUUCUUACCUUACAAGUAAUUCCCCAUUUCAACUUUAUAUACUUACAUUUUCAUUCAUCAACUCAUUCAUUUGGUUAGGGCUUAAGAGAUGUCUAAUGUUUCUAGAGGAAUUGCUGGUGUGGUCCCCGAUUCACUUCAGACACAUACUAAUCUCAAUGUGAUUUUGCAAGUUGCUGAUGAAAUUCAAGCCGAGGAUCCUAAUGUUGCUCGAAUUUUGUGUGAGCAAGCAUACUACAUGGCACAACGUUUGGACCCUAACAGUGAUGGCAGAGGUGUUCUACAAUUUAAGGUCGGCCUAGUGUCUUUAAUAAAGAAACAACUUGCUAAAAAAGACGGGGCUCGAUUUGAUCGAAAUCAUGAUGCUGAGCGCUUGUGGGAUUUUUAUCAAAAAUAUAAGAGGCGGCACAGGUUGGAUGAUAUUCAGAGAGAGGAACAAAGAUACCGUGAAUCUGGCACCUUUGGUGCCAACCUGGGGAACUUGGGACUAAGAUCUAAUGAUUCAAAAAAGGCAUUGUCCACCUUGCUGGCCCUUGUGGAGGUUAUGAAGUCACUAAGCAAUGAUGCACGUCCAGAUGGUGUGGGACGACUUAUAACUGAAGAGUUAAGAAGACUGAAAAAAAUGGAUGCAACUUUAUCAGAGGAGUUGACACGUUACAAUAUUGUUCCUUUGGAAGCAUCAUCCAUAACGAAUGCCAUCGGGGUUUUCCCAGAAGUUAAGGGUACAAUAUCUGCCAUCAGAUAUACCAAUCAGUUUCCUCGGCUUCCAAACGAUCUUGAGAUUUCCGGACGACAAGAACUAGACAUGUUCGAUCUCCUGGAAUAUGUGUUCGGUUUCCAGAAAGACAAUAUAAAGAAUCAACGUGAGAACGUUAUACUGAUAAUUGCAAAUGCACAAUCAAGAGUUGGCAUACCUGCGGAAUCCGAUCCUAUUAUAGACGAAAAAGCUGUUACAAAAGUUUUCUUGAAAGUCCUGGACAACUACAUUAAUUGGUGCAAAUAUUUGCGGAUACGGCUUGUAUGGAAUAGUUUGGAAGCAACCAACAGGGACAGAAAGCUUUUUCUUGUAUCCCUUUACUUUCUCAUAUGGGGGGAGGCUGCCAAUGUUCGUUUUCUGCCUGAAUGCAUUUGCUAUAUAUUUCACCAUAUGGCAAGGGAGCUGGAUGCAAUCUUAGAUCAUGGAGAAGCUAGUCCUGCUGCCAGCUGUAUUGGUGAAGACAAUUCAGUCUCUUAUCUUCAGCAAGUCAUAUCUCCAAUAUACAAAGUAAUAUCAAAGGAAGCUGAAAGAAACAAUAAUGGGAAAACUGCACAGUCAGAAUGGAGAAACUAUGAUGAUUUCAACGAAAACUUCUGGUCAUCCGAUUGUUUUAAGUUAAAUUGGCCUAUGAAGAAGGGUUCAACUUUUCUUUUGGAACCUAAAAAGAGGAAAAUGACUUGGACAAGCACAUUCGUCGAGCAUCGAACCUUCUUACAGUUAUAUUGUAGUUUCCAUCGUCUAUGGAUAUUUUUGGCUGUAAUGUUCCAGGCAUUGACGAUUGUAGCUUUUAAAAAAGGAACAGUAAACCGUGAUACAUUUAUAACAUUGCUUAGCGUUGGUCCGACUUUCUCCAUCAUGAACUUUGCUGAGAGUUGUUUAGAUGUCAUCCUUAUGUAUGGGGCCCACAGUACUGCUGGAGCCUUGGCUAUUUCAAGGCUGCUUGUUAGAUUUUUCUGGGGUGCCUUGGGCUCUUUAUUUGUGACAUGCAUAUAUGUGAAAGUUUUGGACGAAAGGAGGGACUCAGAUUCGUACUAUUUCCGUAUCUAUAUACUGGUAUUGGGUGUUUAUGCUGGUGGCCGUGUGGUAUUUGCAAUGCUGCUCAAACUUCCUGCAAGCCAUUCUCUGUCUGAGAUGUCUGAUCAAUCAUUCUUUCAAUUUUUUAAGUGGAUCUAUCAGGAGCGAUAUUUUAUUGGUCGUGUUCUUUAUGAAGGGACUAGUGACUACUUGAGGUAUGUAAUCUUUUGGUUGGUGAUCUUCGCUUGCCAGUUCACCUUUGCUUACUUUCUUCAGAUUAGACCAUUAGUCACACCUACAAAUAUUAUUGUGGAGCUUCCUUCGUUGGAGUACUCAUGGCACGACUUAAUCUCAAAAAAUGAUAAUAAUGUGCUAACAAUUGUAUGCCUGUGGGCUCCUGUUGUCGCUAUUUAUCUCUUGGAUAUUUAUAUAUGGUACACUCUUUUAUCUGCAAUUGUUGGUGGGGUAAUAGGUGCACGGGCUCGGCUUGGCGAGUUGUGUUUUAUUAAAAUGGUUCAUAAACGCUUUGAGAGCUUUCCAGAAGCCUUUGUCAAGAACCUUUUGUCAUCAAACACAAAGAGAAUGCCUUUCAGCAGACAAACAUCUAAGGCGUCUGAAGAUACCAACAAGACUAAUGCAGCACUAUUCUCUCCAUUUUGGAAUGAGAUAAUCAACAGUCUGCGCGAGGAAGAUUACAUAAGUAAUAGAGAGAUGGACUUACUGUCUAUGCCUAAUAAUGCUGGCAGCUUAAGAUUAGUUCAGUGGCCGCUGUUUCUUCUUAGCAGUAAGAUUUUGUUGGCGACUGAUUUAGCCUUAGACUGCAAGGAUACUCAAGAAGAUCUUUGGAAUAGAAUAUGCAGGGAUGAAUAUAUGGCAUAUGCUGUACAAGAGUGCUACUACAGUAUUGAACAAAUUUUGUUUUCUUUGGUUGAUGGAGUAGGGAAACUAUGGGUUGAGAGAAUUUUUCGCGAGGUCAACACAAGUAUAUCUGAGAAUUCUCUUGUGAUUACUUUACUAUUUAAAAAGCUUCCAGUGGUGCUGUCUAGAUUUACAGCGUUAACUGGGCUUCUGAUACGGAACGAAACUCCAGAACUUGCCAAAGGGGCUGCCAAAGCUGUUUAUGAUGUAUAUGAGGUGGUUACACACGAAUUGUUAUCUCAUGAUUUGAGGGAACAGCUUGAUACCUGGAACAUAUUGCAGAGGGCAAGGAAUGAAGGCAGACUAUUUUCUCGGAUAGAAUGGCCCAAAGACCCUGCAAUUAAGGAGCUGGUGAAGAGGUUGCACUUACUUCUCACAGUAAAGGAUUCUGCGGCAAACAUUCCCAAAAAUCUUGAAGCAAGAAGAAGAUUAGAGUUCUUUACAAAUUCAUUAUUUAUGGACAUGCCUUCAGCAAAACCAGUUUCAGAGAUGAUGCCUUUUUGCGUAAUUACUCCGUACUAUAGUGAAAAGGUUCUCUAUAGUUCCUCCGAGUUGCGGACUGAAAAUGAGGAUGGAAUCUCUACUCUUUUCUAUCUUCAAAAAAUUUUCCCUGAUGAAUGGGAGAACCUUCUAGAACGCAUUGGGCGGGGUGAUACCGGAGAUGCUGAACUUCAGGAUAGCACUAGUGAUGCGUUGGAGCUUCGUUUUUGGGCAUCUUAUCGAGGCCAGACAUUAGCCAAAACAGUUCGUGGUGUGAUGUAUUAUAGACGGGCACUAAUGCUUCAGAGCUUUUUGGAAAGGAGAUCAUUUGGAGAAGAAGAGUAUUCUGAAAGCACCUUCCCAACAACUGAAGGUUUUGAGCUGUCACGUGAAGCUCGUGCGCAAGCUGAUUUGAAAUUUACUUAUGUUUUAUCCUGCCAAAUUUACGGUCAACAAAAGCAAAGGCAGGCUCCAGAGGCUGCUGAUAUUUCUCUUUUGCUUCAAAGGAACGAAGCACUGCGAGCUGCUUUUAUACAUGUGGAAGAAAGUGAGUCAACUGAUGGAAGUGUUUUGAGGGAAUUUUAUUCAAAACUAGUUAAAGCUGAUGAGCAUGGAAAGGAUCAGGAAAUAUAUUCCAUUAAACUUCCAGGAGAUCCAAAACUUGGAGAGGGUAAGCUGGAAAACCAAAAUCAUGCCAUAGUUUUUACUCGCGGGGAAGCUGUUCAAACAAUUGACGUGAAUCAGUACAGUUACCUUGAAGAGGCUAUGAAAUUAAGAAAUCUUCUUGAAGAAUUUCAAGGGAAUCAUGGCAUUCGCCCUCCAACCAUUCUUGGUGUUAGAGAGCAUGUUCUUACGGGAAGUGUUUCCUCUUUGGCCUGGUUUACGUCCAACCAAGAGACUAGUUCUGUGACUCUGGGACAGUGUUUUAUGGCCUAUCUUCUAAAAGUUCGUAUGCAUCAUGGUCAUCCUGAUGUGUUUGACCGUAUAUUUCAUAUCACUCGUGGUGGCAUAAGUACGGCAUCCCGUGUCAUAAAUAUUGGUGAAGAUAUCAAUCCACGUAAGUAUGCAGGAUUUAAUUCCAGUUUGCGGCAGGGUAAUAUUACACACCUUGAAUACUUCCAGGUUGGAAAGGGAAGAGAUGUCGGCUUGAACCAAUUUGUUCUGUUCGAAGGAGAAGUUUCUGGUGGAAACGAGGAGCAUGUUCUUAGCAGGGAUAUAUAUAGGGUUGGACAGCUUUUCGACUUUUUCAAGAUGCUUUCUUUCUACUUCACAACAGUCUGUUUCUAUGUAUGCACCAUGAUGACAGUGCUUACUGUGUAUAUACUCUUAUAUGGAAGGGUCUACCUGGCCUUUUCAGGGCUCGAUAGGGGUAUUUCACAACAAGCCAAAUUGUUGGGAAACACUGCAUUAGAUGCGGCUUUAAAUGCACAAUUCUUUGUCCAGAUUGGAGUUUUCAUGGCUACUACCAUGAUAAUGGGUUUUAUUUUUGAAUUGGGUUUGUUGAAGGCAUCUGAAUCUGAGCGGGUUGAAGCCUCUGAAGAUGAAGAUGAGGAUGAUGAUGAGGAUGAAGAUCAAGAUGAGGAUGAUGAAGACAACAGCGAAUCUGAUAGUGACGACAUGGAAGACGAUGAUAAUGAUGAUAAUGGUGUCGAGGUAAAAGGUAGCCUAGGCGGCUCAACUACACUUGAUGUGGGAGAUGCUGUCUCUGUUAUCAAAGGAGGAAAGAAGCUUCGUCGGAAGGAGAAAAGAGCUCGAAGUCCGUUGGGUGCCUACAUAAAUUAUUAAAUUUUGUUUGCAUCUGCAUAUCUAAAGGAUCCAUAACUUUAAAUGCAUGUUCAUUUUGUAAAAUAAAUAUUAUGUGGACUGAAUUAUUAUUAUUAUUAUUAUUAUUAUUAUUAUUAUUAUUAUUA